AUGAUAAAAUCAUAUAAAGAUGUCAAAGAUAUCAAUCAAAACUACGAGACUUUUUCUACAGAUUAUGACAUUGAUAAUUCAACAAUUAAGAGAACUCACACAGACAAUUAUGAUAACAAAGCUUUUGACCAAGGUCAAUCGAGCUCCUUUUUGACAUUCCCUCAAAGUCAAAUUGAGAGCAACCAAGAAAUUAACCAUGGUGAAAAAGAUCUCCAUUUUUCAACUUUCAAUUUGGACUACUCCGACUUUUCUUUUUUGGAGUCCCCAAGCAUUCAAGACGAGAACGUUCAAAUAGAUGAUAAUAAUGGAGGAGGUAAUUAA